UGCUCCUUUCCUCCUUUUGUUUCGUAGUCUAUACCAACAAACCUGAUCUCUACAGAAAACGACCAAUUUGCGGAAAUGGCUCUCAGAGCUCUAAAGAAACUGGCAUACCCCAUGCUCCCAGUGAAAGGAAAUGUUUUAAAUCCUCUUGGAAAAUUUCAGCAGAAUUUGUACGGUGGCUCGAAAGUUGAAGUUGGACAUAACAAGAUCCCAAAAUUUGGACACAAGACGAAGCGAACAUGGACGCCCAAUGCUCAUUAUAAAUGGCUUUACUCUGAAACUCUUCAAGAAAAAUUCCAUUUGCUAGUUACCUCUAAAGUAUUGCGCACAAUUGACAAAGAAGGAGGGCUCGACAAAUACUUGAUUAAGUCAACACCCGGAAGAUUGAAGACACUAGGAAUGCGAGGUACUGAAUUGAGGGCUCUUGUAAUUCAUAAGUUAGGGGUUUCUAAUCCCGUAAUUGAACAGUUUCCUAAAAACAUGGAAGCUCAGCAACGCUACUUGGGGAAAGUGCGCGACGUCGUUUUGAAAUUGAACCGAAGCAAGAAGUUUUAUCAGCAAAUUAAGAGUUCUGUGGGUCAGGAAAAAGCCAAAUCCGCUUUAUAAGCUUGUGCUGACUGCUGAUGGUUUCCCGGCUGUGUUUUAGUUUUUCCUUUAAAAAAACCUUUACGUUCUAUUUCCUCAAAGACUAACUGCAACUUCCCAGAUGUAUCCAUAAAAUAUCCCUGCAAACUAGGUUUUUGAGCCUCAACUUUCUUUUCAUAAUCUUUCGUCCCCUUUUUUAAAACGACAGCGAUUUUCAUAGGAAUUCCUUUAAAACUAUAACUUUCUCCUUUAUUUCUCUUUUCUUUUUUUUUUUCUUUUUUUUUUGAAAAGCCUUCUCCUUGUCCUCGCUUUGUCAAUAUGCAGUAUCGGCAUUAAAAAAAAAAACUUCGCCAGCAUGCUGAGGCCGUGGUACGGUUGCUCUUGCGUUUUAAUUCAGCCAACGAAUAUUGAAUUUUCUUACAUGAUAGUGAUCGAGAAUCCGCAUUUCUGGUUAGGUAUCGUCUUCUAUUGCUCGAACUUCUUUAUGUUUAAACUAUGCUCCAACUACAAGCAACUGGACAUACUUGGAUAAAUGCUGAUCCAAUGUAAUCCUCUAUAGCUGAUACUUUUAAAACUGCAGGUUGCAAUUCUUCACCCUUUCAUUUUGUUUAUUGCUUUUCAAGAUACACCUAUUUAGCGAUAUUUAGUGAUAUAGUCCGAUAUUGGACUAAAAGUAUGGUAGAGUGCACUAAGUAAAUUUGCGCACAAGUGAUUCUAUUCUUAAGAAAUUAUUUCUUAUAGUGCUUUUAACAAUCGUUAUGAUUGUAUAAGAAUGGUUAGCUACUUUUGAUACUUAUAAUACCGUGUUUUACUGCAGCUCAUAAAUUGGCAAAACUGAAAGUUUCCUGGUUGGACCCUCUUUGAAUUCUUUACCUGU